CCAUCCUGUCUCUGCAGGAAGCUGGAGCUCUACUCCAUGGAAUGGGGGCUGCGGGAGGACCUGCGUGACUGCGUGGUGGCAGCUGCCCCCUAUGGGGGUCCCAUAGCUCUGCUGAGGAAUUCCCGGCGGGACAAGACCCCCGGUGCCCGCCCGCUCCUGGAGAUCUACACGUCCUCAGGGCUGCUCCUGGCCAGCGUCCCGUGGAAGAGCGGGCGGCUGGUGCAGCUGGGCUGGACGGCAGGAGAGGACCUGCUGUGCAUCCAGGAGGACGGGACGGUGCUGGUGUACAGCCUGCUGUGCGAGUUCCGACGGCACUUCAGCAUGGGCAACGUCAGCGGCCGGGAUCGGGAGCGGGAUCGGGGAUUGGG